AUCAUUCUACUCAUCUGUUAUGCUGUGCUAACCAUUGUCAACUCUAUCAUUGAGAUCAGUUUUCUAUUUGUUUGUAUUAUAGUAACCAUGGAAGGUAGUUCUGAAAUAAGGAAAAAGUCUCGGGAAUCUAAAGUGUGUUCGAGAUGUGGGAAAUCAGUUAUAAAUUUAUCUCGUCAUCAGAAGGAUGUACAUAAAGUGAAUAAGAUUUUUCGUCAGGUAGAUGUAUAUAUAAAUGGAAACAAGAAAGCGCCUAAUAGGAAGAUAAAGUUUUGUCCGUUAUCUCCAUGCAAGCAUUCAAAGAAAGGUGUCUUUCAACUUCAUCAUCAUUUACAGUCAAAUAUCCACAAGCUUAAUCCCAACUCAAACCAAUACUUAGAUGCGCUUAAAUCUGCUCCGAGAAUUGGGCUUCAAGAGCUACGAGAUCACAUUGCCAAGAGAAAGAAAUCCAAAGCAAAGAGCGCCACAACUAAAGAUGGUCCUAAAAAGAGAAAAAUCGAAUCAAAAUCACCUGUACGUGGAAAGGCCGCAAAAAGGGUGAAAUUUUACAAGGGUGACAAGGAAAAUGAGUAUAGUUUGGUGAAUAGAAUCGAAGCUGAGGAAGAAAUUGAAAAUGACUCGGAUGAUCAAUUAUUAGAAAAUCCUGAAGGAGAAGCAACUAUCAGCAGAAACGUGAGUAACCCUGGGCACCUCGCACCGACCUCCUCCAAUAGUAAUGCAGAGGAGCGCAAACUACAUAAUGAAGAAAGUUGUGAAUCAAAGGUAAGAGAGACGUACAAUGAUGAUGACAGCAAAUUAGAGUAUGAUCAGCAAGUUGAUAAAGUGGAACACAAGCUACAUAAUGAAGAAAGUGGAGAUUCAGGCAAUGAUCAUGACAGUAAUUUGGAGUAUGAAAAAGUAAUGGAUCAAAUGGAAUCAAAGGUAGGUGAUACACAUGAUGACCAUGACAGCGAUUUGGAGUAUGAUCAACUUGUGGAUAACGUGUGGAAAAGAAAUGAAGAGUGCAAGAAGCGAAGCUUUAAACAGUUAGUGUCUAUGAUGUCCUCCCAGUAUGAAAGCGAUGCCGAGCUAUCUGAAGAGUUAAACAACCGCAAAAAUGCUGACCAAGUAAUCCAACCACCUCAACCACCAGUGACGGCUGGUAAUACCAAAUCUAGUGAAAUAGUUAUAUGCGACAGUGAAGAAGAGGAAAUUUUAGACCCAAACUAUCACCCUUCCCUGGACUCCGAAUCAGAGUGUAGCACUGGAAGCUUGUCAGAUAACUGCUCGUUGCAAGAAAGGGAUGACAUUUUAACUGAUUUCGUGGAAAACGUAGAUAAUCUCGAUUUUCUUCGUGUGGAACCAGAAUGGAAGAGCGUGGUUGAUGUUGUUUUUGAAAGAAAAAAGAACGCUGGUAAUACUGACUCCCAAAGCAAUCUUUCACAAGGUAAAGUGCCUAAGGAAGUUAUGAAUGAUGAUGAAUCAUCAGUAUACGAUAGCGAUGAUGAUGAUAAUGACGACUGUCUUGAAGAGAUGGAAGAUGAUGUCAGUUUUGAAGACAAUGAUAGUAGUGAUGACAGCCCACUGCUUAACGAGUUUCAUUCCUGGUUGAUAGACGUAGACGGGGGUUAUCGCUGCGCAAAAGUGGCUGGUCAGUACAAGUCACAGGUAAAACGCAUCAUGAAAGUUCUUUCAGAAGAUUUCCCUCAAGCAGCAAAUGAAAUAGAUCUUGUUACUGUCGAGGGGCAUGACGGAGUGGUAAUGUUGAGGAAGUGGUUGGGUCAACUAUCUGAGGAGUAUCAACCUGGAACCAUUAGAUCAUACCUAAUGAGCCUUAGGCUAUUCCUUAAAUUCCUUGUGCAAGAAGAGAAAGGGCAAGAUAGAUUAGACACACUUCAUGCAAGGAGAGAUCUUUUAACUUCGUGGUCAUCUGCUCAAAGAAAGAAGGUGCUGAAAAGGAAAUUAGAGAAACAUGACAUGGACUUUGCAAAACUCCUUUCUAGCGAAGAUCUAUAUAAAGUGUCAAAUGGACAACAGCGAAUAAACAUAAUUAAAGCGCUUGGAACAGCUGCGGAGAAAAGCAAAGCUUGUGGAGAACCUGUGCUGGUCAACGAUCAGACCUUUUGCGAAGUAAGGGAUUGGCUGAUUACAAGAUUAAUAAUUGACAACUCCGGAAGAAGUGGUAUUGCAGCAAAUAUAACAGUGGAGGAAUUCAAAGAUGCUAAACUGUACGCUGGAGAAGAAGAUGGAGAGAGAUACCGCGUAUCAGUUAAGAAUCACAAGACAGGAGGUGUUUAUGGGGCAGCCAUUGUAUGGUUUCAUGCUGAUGUUUACAAUCUGGUGAAUACGUAUAUCUCAAGGGUGAGGCCUAAGUACGUCAAAGAUGCCACAGAUAACAUGUUCGUUUCAACCAAUGGCGUUAAACUUACUUCAUCGCAAGUAUCCACGUGUCUGACUCGUACAUUUCAAAGGGAGGGUGUGAAGUUUCACGGUCGCAUCUCCGCAACCUUGAUAAGAAAAUCUCUGGCAUCAGGAGUGCAUGUCCAUUUGCCUGAAGAUCAAGAACAACUGGCUGCCCUUGCACAGCACAAACCUCAAACACAAGCUCAAUAUUACCGCAUCAAUGACAAAGUUAGAGAAACAGAUAUUGGGCGUCGUGCUGUCAGAAAAUUUAUCACCAUGAACUGCGCAAAGACAGAGGUAUCAAUAAUUCCUGUCGAGUGGACCGAGGAAGAGACCUCAAAACUUCAAGAUUUAUUCAAGUCUGAAAUUGAGACUGGUAACAUAACUGAAAACAUUGUCAGAGAUAAACUUGGUGCUUCCAACCUGUUGGAAACACACUCCAUGAAGGCAAUUGUGUUGAAAGUGAGAAGGCUUCGAUCAGAAUUUACCAAAAACUUAGAACCACCAACUGAAGUUGAGUCUCCUGAACAGAAGAUAGAACGGUUUAUGUCUUCCAGAGCUCCAUCCAUCGCAUCUGAAUCUGCAAAGCCAUCAUGGAGUAAGUUCACCGAUGAACAAACAGACCAUCUCCUAUCGUUAACUCAGGAUAUGAUUGAAAACAACGCAGUAAAAAGAGAGGUCGUUUGGGAACGGGUGAUAAAUGAUGAGAAAGCAUGGAAAACCGGGUUGGUCUUCGGAACCGAUGAUGAGGAGCUUCUUUUGAGGCAAAAACAACGUUUGGCGGACAAGGUACGAAAAGAAGUCAAACGUCAAAAGAUGAAGAGAAAGUAGUAGUUUGAUCCUGUGGUUCUUGCAUUAUAUUUGAACAUUAGUUGACAUUGAACAUUUCUUGUCUUUAUGUAUUCAGGGUUACAACAUAAUUGAGUCCUAUAUUGUUAACAUGUUAUUUUCUUUAACCGUUUGCCAGUCAUUUUAUGGUUGAUCGUUUUAUUUCAAGUAAGUCAAUAUUCCCUAAAAAGGCCGAUUUACACAAUGCAAUUUCUUCGUGUGUUAAGGUUCGAACGACAAGUCAUAGGGUCGUGUACGACCUGACGAAUGACCGUUUAUAUGGUAUGAUUCGGGUCACAUGCAUCAAGUCAUAUACUACAAUCGCAUCGUGGAAAUCGGCCUUAAGAGUCAUAUACUACAAUCGCAUCGUGGAAAUCGGCCUUAAGAGUCAUAGAAUUUGUCUUGGUGACUGAUGUGUGUAGGACAUCGACUUCUAUGAAAAAGAUUUAACUUGUCUUGGUCUUGUUGCGAGGUGUUAUAAAGUUGAAUUUUUCAUAAAGCAAAAGUUGUCGUUUAAAAACUUAGCUCCAAGUGAUAAAGCUUAUAUCUGGAAUUAAAAGAGUUUACUUUGAGACUCGUUGUCAUGAACCUGCAAUAUAUUGUCUUUUUAAGUGCAGUUCCAGUUGAGAUUUUGUGGAAGUUUCAUGACGUUUUCGAAAAGUUUAGGGUGAAGUCACUAAGCCCGUGAAAUACAUAUUAGACUAACACACUUUAUUAACCACUAAUUUCGUUGUUUCCUUUAGUGUCUAUUGAACUAUUACAUGUUAACAGUUAAAUAUUUUUUUAUGGGUUUAACUUUACCCUAGUGCAACUUUUGUCGUCAUAAUAGAGCGAUAUCGCAUAACCCCCUUCCUAAAUAUUGGUGUUUUAUUCUAAAUGAGCCAAUACAAAGAUAACAUUAGAAUACUUAAGACUUUAUCUAUUGUUGUCUUUCUACGAUGUCCAUUAACCUUUAACUAAUAUCCACUUGCUUUUAAAAAUAUUUAUAUCGCUCUGUAAACCUCACAAACCGGUGAAAUUGCAGCUAAAAUCGCCAUUGUCAUAGAGCUUUAAGGAUGAUCAACACGCACGCCCAAACUUGUAUGCGAGCUGUCAAUAGGAUAUGUAUAUGUAAUCGCAUGGGUCCUCGGGCAAUUAAGGAUUAAUUUCACGCGUAUUUCCAAACUUUGAAAACACCAGUGAAAUUAAUCCUUAAUUGCCCGAGGGCACUUGCGAUUUCUUGUUUAUCACAUAAAGGGCAAAAUUAUCGCGGGAAUCCAUUCACGCGCGACGUUAUUCUUUUAGGAAGCCCGUUCAAUGCCGCGACAUUGCUCAUUUUUUCCUCUUGUCUUUGCCCAUUGUUGGAAAAUGUUAGUCCAGUAGUCCGUACUUCUUUUUGUGUUUUUGUGCUCACUUGUGUUUAGUAGUUCCUCAAUAAACUCUUCAACAAAAUGGGAAGCCAUUGUUGCAGAAAAUUUUAAUCGGCAACAAAUCUAAGCAAUAACUUCAUUACAAAGCAACUUUAAACCAAUCAAGAUCAAGUAAUCAUGCCCUUUUGAUUACCAAAAGUACCCUCGUGAUUAAGAAAAAAUGCCCUCUGUCUCAGCCAAUCAGCACUUAGUAAUUUUGCCCUGUAUGUGAUAAGCUACAUAAAAUGGGAAUUUGCUAGGUGUAGAGUUUUGCUCAUAAAUCCAA